AUGCACGUGAGCCUUUAUCUACCUCAACAACUACUUGCAAUUGUGACCAGCAAGAAACACUCAUCUGAUGACAGGGCCCUGCUCAAGCUGCAUCGUACUCUGAUUGAAGCUGACUCGACUUCUCAACUGAGCGAACUCUCUGCUGCCAAGGUGCUCGUCAAGCAUUUCAAGUCCAUCGGUUGGCACUACCAGCUCCUGCCGUGUCGAGGCAAUAAUCAGAGACCCAACGUGCUCGCAUGGCCGGGCAAGACCAACGAGACCAAGCUUCUCGUGACAUCACACAUUGAUACCGUGCCUCCAUACAUUCCUUAUUCCAAGCAUGGCAAGUCUAUCUGGGGCCGUGGAUCAAGUGAUGCCAAGGCCAGCGUGGCAACACAAAUCAUUGCUGUCCAAAGACUGUUGGAAAAGAAGAUGAUCCACGCCGAUGAUGUCGCCCUUUUGUACGUGGUAGGAGAGGAAACGGCAGGAGAUGGCAUGCGUGCCUUCUCAGAACUUGCCGUGACAGAGGGAAAAGUCUACCCAAACAUCGUCUUUGGCGAACCUACCGAAAACAAGAUUGCAAUUGGCCACAAGGGUAUGGUGCUCUUCAACGUAACGGCGUCCGGCAAAGCUGCUCACUCGGGGUAUCCCGAACUAGGCUCAUCUGCAAAUGAAAAGCUGAUUGAUCUGCUCUACGAUCUCAAGCACCAUACAUUCCCGUCUGACGAAACGCUUGGGAAUACAACCUUCAACAUUGGAGUCAUUCAAGGCGGGUCAGCGGCAAACGUUAUACCUGCCCACGGAAGUGCCCACUGCGCAUUCCGCGUCGCCAAAGACUUGGAUGGCAUCUUGACUUAUUUGCGGGAUGCAGUCGCGACAAGUCCCGACAUGUCCUUCGAUAUCGAGCAAGCUGCUCCACCUUCCAUCCUGGACUCCCUUGAAGGAACUGAAUUUGAAGAGAUUGUGGUCAACUAUAGCACGGAUGUGCCAAACCUUUCUCGAGAGGUGGCUACAGGGAAACGCUUCUUGUUUGGUCCUGGCAGCAUCCUCGUGGCCCAUGGUGAUGAUGAGCACAUUGAGAUUGACAAGCUGCUUGGUACAGCGCAUGACUACGAGUUGAUCUUCAACAAAAUCCUUAGUGCAGCAUAG